UUGCAAUUGCAGAGGAAAUUACCAUUUCAAUGGCAUACGGUACUGUGCUGUAUUUCCUGUUAAAACUGAGGGGGGUGCAGCCACAGAGGACGGAUGCACCCAGCCGUCCAAGAAGGAGGUGGGGCACCCUUUAAAUUUGGGGCCGCCCCUCUUCCUCAGCCACCCCCCCAGUACACACACAGACUCUACAUUGAGCAGAGGAAACGGAAAAGACGAAACACACAGACUGCUUUUCGUUUCAAAACCCCGGGGCCGUGGAAAAAACACAUAGUUCCUUAUUUUCUCUCCAACCUGUUCUCUUUUGGCGCAUUUGUUGGACCACCACAUCCUCCUUUCCCCCAUCAAAUUUUCACUUGAAAAGUUGCCACCUUUUUGGCCAGCUGUUUGCAGCUGGCAGAAAGCACCCGCCCUGCUCGGGAACAAGGGACCUAAAGUGAUCGGUGGAGGAGGAGGAGGGGAGAGACAGAGAGAUGCCACCCCAGCCCAUACGGUCGGAGCCGAGGGAGAACAUCGUCAAGUUCCUCCGGAGCUUCCUGGGAGUCAUCCGGAUCCUGCAGAUCGCAUUCGGAGCCGGACUGUGGGUGACGAUCGCCGCCAACAAAUAUGAAGGCUCCAUCCACUUCGUCCUCUUCGUGGCGGUGCUCUUCUGGCUACUCACCCUCGCCCUCUUCUUCCUCACCCUGCUGGACAAGCAGGACCUGGUGCCGCUGCUCGGAGGGCCCCACUGGCUGUGCACCAACCUGGCGCACGACGUGGCCGCCGCCGCGCUCUACCUGCCGGCCAUCGGCGUCAUGAUCUAUAAGACGGAUCGCAACUCUUACUGCAACCUGGAGCAGUACAAGCACUUCUGCCUGUACAAGGUAUACCUGACGGCAGCCGUGUUCGCCUGCCUCUGCUGCCUGGCCUUCCUUCUCUCGGUUAUUUAUGGAGCCUGCAGGAAGAGUCGAGGGGAGCAAACGGUCUUCUAAAUAAGGAUGUCCGCAUUUUUUUCUGCAAGAUGAGGAAGAGUUAACUUCACUGUAUUUUCCCCCCGAAACGCCACACCAGUCUAUUUAAAGGGUGCUUGUGUCCGUGAUUCAUCAUUCAUGGGCUGCUUUCAUGAUUCCACGAUGGGGAAUUUUAGUGUUACUACUUUUCCCUUAUGUCACUGCAGUGGCACAGCUAAGAGUUUCUAUCCAUUAUCUUAUUAUAUUUAGUUUACAUGUUAUAUCACAGCAAAGAACCCAUUGUAUUCGACUUUUUAUCAGUGCCUUCUGUCACAAUGCUGUAUGCAACAUGAUGUGAUUGCUGCCACAAGUGUUUCUUUUUUUUGUAAAACCAAAGAUUAAAAAGUGGAAGAACCAGACCAGGCAGUUUCUUUUUAGGAAUUGUUUUCACAAAGCCAAAUUUAGAAAGCAAGCCGGGGUACAUUUGGUGCCUUUUUCCCCAAAUCUAACACAGAUUUGGAAAAAGACAAAGGACAGAGGCCCCACCAGGAACUUCCUGUUGGGAGAUUAAAGCCUUAGCCAAUCAGCAGGGAUCUUUUAUAUGCUCAGACCACAUGAAAGAACCUCAUAGUGUCUAACUGAUAGCAAGUAUGUGUGUGCGGGAAGAGGGCCUGUUCAUACCGGAACAGCCUGUUGGGGGGUUCUAGAGGUGGGCUGAUGUGCGGCCAAUCAAAAUGGAGGAUGAUUCAACAUCUCAGUCUUUUCCAGUCAGCUGCUGCAGACACAAAAAGUUGUGUGACGGCUACAUUUGGGGGCCAUUAAGCCGGAGCGAUGAUCUGCUUUAUACCGUUUCAGUGGUUGUGUUGACUUUUAAGUCUGUGUUCAUGAUUGCAACUGCCAUUUUUGAUCGAAUGGCGUUUCACUAUAGUUUUGUAUGCAGUUAAAAAAACAGUUGUUUUCAACAAAUGUAUCAGUUGCAUAACACCCUUUCACACAGAUAUCCUAACAAUAGCCACAUCUGAACUGAAGCAUUUGCAGUAUUUCUAUGCGCCUUUUAUGCAGAACCGCCAGCGAAGCGGUAUGUUGACAUAAUUAUGUGUGGUUUCACACAAGGACAUGGCAUGGGGCAGUUAAAGCAACAUUUCACUUCACUGAGUUCUGUAUAAAAGGCACAGGGAAAUACGUGCCAGAUCCGGUUCAGCUAUUUUGUGGGUGAAAGAUGAUCUCUGUGUGAAAGAGGCUUCCUCAAAAGCGGGGAAAUUGGGAUUCUCGCAUUCACGAGUUCAUGAGAGGCAAAAACAUUUGGGUUAUAACGAAUAUUUCACUUACAUAACCCGCUUUCACACAGAGGUCCUGCAAAAAUAGCUGCAUCAGAACGGUACCAGCAGCAUUUAUGUCCCUUUCAUACAGAACCCAUCAAAAUGGUAUAUUGCCACAACUGUGUGCAUUUCACACGGGGACAUGACAUGACUGGCAAGCUAAUCUUGCGACUCUAGCCCCUUUCAAACUCCAAAUGCAUGGACGGCACCAACACAGAAAAAGGGUACAAAUUUUCCAGAAUUGGCGGCAGAACAGCGAUUUGUGUGAAAUAAAAUCCCGGAAUAGGGUUGUGAAGUUAGAUACUUCUCCCACUAUACUGUAUUGUGUUGAAAACUAGUUGCUGUAUGACAAGUAUUUUACACGUCACACCACAGAUGCUGGUUUAUACAAGUAUUUCAGUUACAAAGUUACAAUAACCCCUUUCACACAGCGAUCUUGCAAAAUAGCUGCAUCGAAGCUCUAGCAGGAGUUUGUAUACAGUGACACAGAGAGACCAAACAAAUGUUCCGACUGUGAUAUGACAUGGCUCACAAUCAGGUGAUCAGGUUAAACACAAGCAGUUUCCCACCUCUGUUGCACCCUUUUCACACGAAAGUGUGCAAGAGAUAGCUUUUUCUCACCUUUUUUCUGUAUGAACGGCUCCAACACAGAAAAGUGUGGUCAAAGUCAACCGGGAAAUUUUCUGUCUUCAUGUUAAUUGUCGCCGUCCGACAAAUGUUAUAUAUCUUGUACCAAACGCUGUUGCUUUAAUCUAAUCUAUCUAAUUGUGGGAUACUGUGUUGCUGUGUAAAAGCAGUUACGGCAAUAUCUCUUUCUGCUAUUCUGAAUAAAAGGCACGGGCAAAUAAUGCCUGACCCGAUUUUAGACACAGGCUGCAACUUUCCCCUUUCACACAAUCUAUAAAAGACAGCUUUUUCCCACCUUUUUUUUCUUGUCACCUUUCUGUACGAGUGGCACUGACACAGAACGGCGGGUCAAAGUCAACCUGGCAAUUUUCUAGCUUCAGUGCUAGCAUGGUGGCCUCUCCUGCCCUGUUAUGAUGAAAGCAAUUGUUGCAGUCCAGCAAGUAUUUUAUACACACCACACGCUGGUGCUUUAUCUAAUUGCAGGGUGCUGUGUUGUUGUGGAAAUGUUACAGCAAUAGCUCUCUUCGCUAGAUUCCAUAUAAAACGCACUAAAGGGAACUAAAUGCCGGAUCUAAAGUAAUGGUAAUGGUUUGACUUAACUGAACAUUCUUUUCGCUUCAGUAUGAAUCACAUAUCACAAUUCCAAAAGAAGCAGGAAGAGGCAGAGCUCAGUUGCUAAUACAUUUCACAAUUGCUAAUACAGCUCACCUCAAUUGUUGAUACAUUUGGUCAUUUCCCAUUCAACAUGUUCGCUUUGCCAGUUCUGAAGAACACGAGAAGUGAUAAAGCAGUAACACAAUAUUACAAUUAAGUCGAGGUUUGCGAAUCUGUAUGGACAAACUGCUGUAAAUUCCAUAAAGUGCAGUCGUCAUACGGCUUAGCAUAGUAUUUCUUUGUGGUUAGCAUAGUGUUUCUCUGUGGAAUCUUCUUCCUUAUACUUUGUACACAUCAACUGCUUGUACUGUUUCUUGAAAUGGCUCGUUUUAGUGCAUUGAUUGAGUUCUUUACUCAAUCCGUUCCAUAAAUUGAUUCCACAUACUGGUAUGCUAAAGGUCGUGUAGGUGUUUUAUUUUAUUUUUUUUUCCCCCAAAAUGGUAUUUCUCCUGUCAUGGUGAGAAUAAUUGGAUUAUGUUUUUGGGUAGUAGGUUAUUAUUUGCUUUAUGCAUAAUUGUAGCUGUUUGAAAGUUUACCAGGUCAUCAAAUUUUAAUAAUUGUGAUUUUAAGAAGAGAUGGUUUGUAUGUUCUCCAUAAGCUUCCUUUCUGCUAUUGCCAAAUAGCAUUGUUUUAGUUUUACUUAGGUUCAGGGAUCAUCUGUUUUUGUCAAACCAUCUUUUUAGUAUGCCGUAGUCAUUUCACCUGUGAUUUUUUUAAAAUUAGCUCUUGCAUGCUUUCCCCAGAACAGAAUGCGGUAGUAUCGUCUGCAAAUAAUACUAGCUUUAGGUUGUUUGUGGCUUUACAGAUGUCAUUUAUGUAUAAGUUAAACCGCUUUGGCCCCAGUAUUGACCCUUGGGGUAUGCCACAUGAUAUGUUUAAAAUUACAGAUGUAUAGUCUCGUAGAUUCACAUAUUGCUUCCCGUUUGCUAAGUAGCUUUUUACCCAGUUUAAGACUAACCCUCUGAUUCCAUGCAUUUCUAAUUUGUUAAUUAAAAUAUUGUGAUUAAUUGUAUCAAAAGACUUUGUCAAAUCCAUUAAUACUGCAGCUGCGCACUCUUUGCGGUUUAUAGCGUUGGGAGUUCCCUCGAUUAUUUCAAUUAGUGCCAUGGAAGUUAAAAUGUUAGCUCUGUGUCCGUGUUGGCAGUCCGUAAAGUUCUGACUCUGUUUUGGCUAUUUUGUGGGCUCUCUGUGUGAAAGAGCGGUAAAAUUGCCGGGUUGAUGUUUCAUUGUUUUCAUUCAACUGCCAUACAAAACGACAAGAAGAAGACCAGACAUCUGUGUCCAAGACGAGCGGGAGUGCAAAGGGUUAAUGUUGACCAGCUGCAAGAGCAGGAUGUAAAUCUUGCACUUCACAGACGAAAGCAGACCCCCACCCAGCUUUCCCCUUCCGGGACUUUUGCAAUGAAGUGUCCACAUGUCCACGCCUCGGGGAGCACAGCAAACUGCUGUAUAUGCAGCCAAAUGACUACAUUCAGUCUGGUCUGUACAGCAAUGGAAUCAUAGUGGGGCACCUUCACAUUAUGGAUGUCUCACACGUAUGAUAUUGUAAUGCUAAUAGUAUUAAUGUAGGAUAUUAUCAUUGCAUGAUAUUAUGUUUAGUGGUGAUAAAUAGUCAAAUGAAAAUAUUUUGGCAAUAGUUGGCAGCAUGUUCAUUUGUAUUCAUAUUGGCUUUUUAACCCUUUUUUAGUCAAUAUACCGCUUAUGC